AAAGGGCCGUCGGUCGCCCGGUAAAUGUACCUUUGCAUCCCCCUUGAUACUAUUUGUGGCCCUCCUGCGGGUAGUCGUAGGGCUAGAGAAUGUGGGAUCGGCUCUUCGGAGGAGCUUCUUCCGCUCCCUCAAAGGAGACGCCGGCGGGCGGAGACUUUGCUGCCAAAAUUCAGCAUUUACUCGGGGGAACUGGUGGCCAGCCGCCGCGCCAGUUUUCGAAUGGCAGGAGCCCGAUUCCAGCUGUACAGGCAGCUCCGGGUACUACUUAGAUCUUCGAAGAUCAUGCUUCAUGGGGCUACACUAGUACCGUGGGUCACUGUAAUUCGUGUUCGUUCGAAUGUGUGAGGGUCUGCUCAGAGGUCUAUGAUGUCCUCCCAGCUCGGUAUCUAUUGUUCAUCUUCAUCACAUCAGGUUUCACGCCGAACUUUCUGGAUUCCGUUCUUGUGCCACCGCCUGCGGGGGAUAACGAGCCACCGAGAAGAAGUGCGGCAACCGCAACGCUACCCCAGCGAGAGGAAGAUGCACCGCUCUCCAGAUCAAGUGCUAUCUCUUUCCAGCCACCUGUCAUGAUGCAGCCGCGCGAGCACUCACUGUUGCGUUCAUCAAGAACAAAUCCUGGUCUCACAACUCUCGUUGCACCAGCGAUGCCGCGAGCACCUCCGAUUCUAAGUACUGCGACAAGUUUGGCAAAUACAGGAGCAGGAGCAACGGAUCAUUUACAACUUCGUGCAGCAACUACUACACCGAUCGGCACUCGCGCGGAGCCAAUUUUUGCGUCUAGGGGCUUUGGAGAGGAGGGGGAUGACUCCGCCGACCACACACGGAGCGGGCUGCCGGCUCAUAUCACAACUGUGAGCUCCUACAGUCGCACGCCCACGCAAGCGGGGGCGAACUCGCAUCUGCGGUCGGCGGACCGCUUCCGGGGAGGGCGAAGUGGGGCAGCUGCCAGUGCGCCUUGGCUUGGGACCACCGAGUCGGGCAACGACGCGGGCGGCGGGCCUUUGCUCUUUUACCCCGCGACGAGGUCCACUAGUAGCAGUACACCGCACCAACAGCUGCUGCAACCACAACCAGGGAAGAUAAUAUCAAGUACAACGACACCACUGUUCGUCUCCAAUACAACUACGUGGAAAAAUUAUACAGCUGGAUCUAUUUCUGCAGUAAGCGCCGCGACACCAACACCGCUAGAAGCCGAAACCGCUCCGCUCCUGACCCAGUCGACCCGCGCGAUGAGCUACAUGCGGCUGCCUUCACCCCGGAAGGCGAGCUUGUCGCCGCGGAAGGUUGCUCCUCCCUUGUCUGCCCGGUCGGCGCGAGGAGACCACCCCUCGAUCGUGAUCUGCGAGCAAGGAUCAAUCUUGCCUGAGACCGCAGCGUCGAAGGCAACCGGCUGUCCGACGCCACCGCCCGCGAGCCCCAGCCUGGUGAAGUUUUCGGAGCUGUCGGCCGAGAGAAACAAGCGGCGUGUGGUGGCGUUUCGGGUGGAACAGAAGGUCGGCAAUGAGAGCUCGAGCGGUUCUUGUUCCGCCGCGUCACCGACUUCUAGAGGUGCGAACGUUCAUCGGCGAAAGGAUUUUGACUUCCAGCGAGAGUCCGUCGCUCUUUCUUCCGCCGUCGCAAGUCCGACCGGAGGAGGUUCAGUGGUCACGAAGAUGAAUCCAGUUACUUCCACUUCGAGCCCCGCAGUGCAUUUCUCGGUAGACGCGGAUGAAGAUGACUCGGGGAGUGUUUUCGCCGAUGGCUCCCCCGCUUCGGUGAGACAGAAACAGAGGAUGCUUGCUGCAACUAGUACAACAUCCUCAUCCGGUAAUAUAACAUCGUCGGCAUCAGCGUCGUCGUCUCGUCGGCCGAUUGCGUAUCGCUCCUCGCCACAAAAACUGGUCAUCCCGGGGCUAAGUCCGCAAAAAACCAAUUACCACCACGGAUUUGCAGAUGCGUCCUGCUCACCACCAGGCUUCGAGAGACAGAAAGACGAAGGAGAAAUGUUGAAACCUUCCGGAGCUGCAACGGGCGCGGUAACUGCAAAGGUGAGCAGCCAGACUCCUGCUGGUGCUGCUGCUGCGAGCACAAAUGAGAAAAGCACACAGCGGCCGCAGUACCUGAAGCAGCUGGACGCAAUAUCGCGCGUGAUUCCCUCAGCGCGCAAAAACUCGCCAGUGGUGCGGCGCAACAAGUUUUUGUCCGAGUCCCCGCCUUUGAAGAAAAGCGAGCCGACAGUGCGGGAAGCUGCAAACAAGAAUGAAGCACGGCAGCGGCAGGAGACGCCUGCGGAGCCAGAGCCGCGUGUGGUGAAUAAAGGAAUUACAACUUCAGCAGGAAGUAGUAGUGAAAUUGAACCAACUGCAGCCAAAUUUGUAACAAGAGCGCCCUCAACUUCCUCUUGCACCUCGUUCGGUGAAGCCUACCGGUUUUCCCGCGGCGCGCUCCUGGCGCCAACCACCAGCAGUCCCAUGAAGCGAAUCUUAUCCACCGGACGAACGGUUUCUAUUUCACCAACAAAAUCCGCGGACGAGGACAAUAACCCCUCCCCUGUCGUGCAGUGCACCUAUGAGGGAGAGGAUAGUGAUAGCGAAUCUCCACGUGUGGUCGCAAUAUCCGACGCGUCGCAGGCACGGGUUCUUUCGCGAGUGCUGCAAGCGCCGCUGCUGGCCCCGAAAGAUGCAGUGGAGAUUCCGGAGGUGGACCUCGCGGAGAUGGACUUGCGCACGGUGGAAGAGGACUGGCAGGAGGAAAAUUCCUUGCACGUCGCAGAUCUUGAUGUUCAUGCGGAUGACGAAGAGGAACCUUCGGCAAUCCUCGAAGAUCAAGAUCAUUUUCCAGCAGUCGAGGAAGAGGAAAUGAACGGUACAACUUCGCGAGAGCAGGACAUCAAGGAGGAAGUGGAUCACGUGCAAAAGCUCUUCGAAAAGAUCGAAGACGUGCUGGAUCGCGUGCAGGACCAGUCUGAUUCUUCUUUCAAUUUCGGCAAAGCUUGUUUUGCGCAGGAGGACGACGAGGUGUACGAAUCAGGUCCUCCAAGUAGAACCGAAGAAGUUGUGGCGUCAGAGGUGGUCGAUAGAAGUUGUAAACCCGUGGAGCUUUUGACGAAGCUCGUGGAGUCCUGUGAGUUGACGCGCGUGAGACGUCUAGGUCCAGCUGAGUUGUGUGUACCGGAAUUGCAACCCACCAGGGCGGGCGUUCUAUCGCCGCCCCCGGAGCUGGAAGAGGAGCUGGAAGAUGCGAUUGUUGUUGGAACAGAGGUUUUGGCGCAGCAAACAGCCGCCCCAGGAGCUGCAAAUCAGGAUGAUGAUGUCCUACCGGGUGCUGGUUUCGGCGCUGGCGCUGACAGCACGAUAGUACAGUUCGAAAACCACGACCCUCUACUGUCCACGCACGUCUUCACCAGAAGUUCGCCAGUGUUUGCACCUACUUCACCCGCAUUCAACAAGCAAGGAGUUUUUGCCAGUACUAGUCGCCAUAGUCCUGCUGCCUACGACGCAGAGGAGGGACAAGAGCAAGAGCAGAACCAGGAAAGAACAGCGCACGAACUGAAGGACCACCGGGGGGUUUACCAAGAGAAGCAGCUUGAGUCCUCCACCUCUCAAGUACCGUUAUUAACUGGAUCUUCCGGACGCGCCAGUUCGUCUUCCUCGAAAAAUUCAAAAUCCAGCGUGACGCGGCGGCGGAUGCGCUUGCGGGUGGACAAACUCCGGUCUCCCAACCGUCGAGCCCGGCGGGCGUCGCCGUCACUCCGGAGAAAAGCGGCGCUCGACAGUGGCAUCGCGACGAAUUCUCACGGUAAACCAGGGAAGAAGGAAAAGUCGCCGGUAUUUUUUCAUAAGUAGGAAAUUGCGUCAUUUCUAUUUCAUCUUCGUAGACGGAGCGUGGGUCGUUUUUUAUGUGCAAAUUGCAAUUGGAAAUAGAUAACCGCGGCAAAUUAUUAACCCAACUUCUCUUCUUCUUCAAACACACAGGUGUCUAUGCGGUCCGGGUGGGGUAAGCCGGAAAAUCCGUUCGCGAAUAUGGAGUUUUUCAGUCAUUCCGCGGGUUCGCCGAAACCUUCUUCAAGCCUCAUCUCUCCGUCGGACGGGUCGAUCGUGUGUGACGGAAACCUUCUCCCUGCCAUACCGCCGACCCCAACGCCGCAGAAGUACGAAGAGUAUGAUUUGUCAGCACGUUUUAUUUCCAGCGAAGGGCCGCAUCAAAGCUCGUCGGACACCGUGAUUCAAGUUCGAGAGCAACAAAUUGAUGUCGCAGGAGACGUCGUAGUUCGUGAGAAGCAGCAAACCUCCGCAGUGACAAGUGAACCCGGGGACAAAUCGGGGUUCUAUACUGCUCGGACCCCAGAGGAGGCGGAGGCGGAGACAUAUUUCGGGGCGGACGCCCUAGCGAGCCUCGAACCGGAAAUAGCGGAACUCUUUUCCCUCGCCCCCGACGCAUCGGAAGCCCGCGUGCUGCUCGAGCAGCGACCCGACACGCCGAAAACCAUCUCGCGAAUACCAAAGCCGUCAGCGCCGGUCUCGGCAGAGAAGCCGCCCUUUCAACGCGCCAACAAGUACUACAAACCAGAACCAGGAGCAGCUGUCAAGAUGCAGCCUUCUGCAGUGCAACUAUCGACGAACUCAGAUCUGGACGUGGUACCAAUGGCGUCCGUAGUGUCACCAGCAGUUGAGCAGCGCACAGCUUCGGCGUCUAGCAGCUACGGUUGGAUAUCAGCUGACCGACACAACGACGAGUUGAUACGGUCGGCGCAGGACAGCUUAUCUGCCGUGAUGGAGGAUGUGGCGAAACCGAGGAUGGUACCGUCGAAGAGCACAGAAGUAGCAGAUGCGGCGAGUACUAAGGCAAAUGUGCAGGAGUCUGUUGCGACAGCGAACGAAAUAACCUUCGCGGAGCACUUCGGUUUGGAUCCAGAGCCGGCACCCGACGCUGUCUUGGGAUCAGCAGGCUGGCGAAGUAGGUCUGUUUCAGGCGAUAUUAGCGGGAAAGGAAGUAAAGCGCACUCGUUGAGUACCGCCGCAGGUUCAGAAAACGCCACCCCAGCGGUCUCAAUCGAGCAGAGCAACCUUGUGGCCCGCACAACAACUUCGCGCGAGGAGCAGCCAAUCUUUCCGCAACUGAACUACACCGAGCCGGGAGUCUCUCUCCAGGAUGCCUUUGCUAAAAAGUUCUCCGGGCACUUCGAGCGCAGCAAAGCGCGUGCAGAGGCGCGGGCGGAGCGGGCGGCAAAGCGAGCGGAGAAGGAAGCUGAGGAGGAGCGGGAGAAAGCGAGACGGGCUGAGGCGCUUCGGAAAGCGCAGGCGCUUGCCUUGAAGCAGGAGGCUGCGAGGGGCAGAGCACGCAGCAUGACCGCUUCGGGCGAGGAGAGUGCGAAGUCACAACCUGGUGGUAGCUUUUCGGCCUCGACGUCCAAGAACGGAAGAAACAGCGCCAGCUCGACCGCGUCAGAUCAAGCGAAAAAGAAAACUGCGCCGGGCAGCGGUUCUACGAGCACGAGAAAAGACCACCACCGCGGCGGAGGUGGAGCUACUACGCGAGCUGCUGCUCCCUUUGCCGGCACGACGACUAAUGGCGGGCAAAAGCAGCAGGCCACGACUUUCCUUCCUCCAUCCAGGCUGGCGACGAGUCAAUCCGCGAAGGAAAUAAUCGGAGAAGAGGAGAACCUCAGAAACAAGGAUGUUGAACAACAAGCACCGACGUCAAGUAAAACUAAGCCAAAAAACAAGAACCGCUACAACUUUUUCGAGGGGCUGGUUUCGGCGUCUCCGUCUGAGGAAGAGAUUUCUGGGCGGCCAGGGCGACUGCGAUCGCAGCAAAGGAAAAAACUCGGGAGCAGCACCGGCAUUGUUGACGAAGAGCAGAAGUGUCUCGACGAGGAGAGAAGUAGCAAACUAUCCAACAAGAAAUCUGCUACGUCCAAAUCUUCUCUCUCCGUCAGUAGCAGUCGAGAGACGACACCGCGCGUUGCGCGAUCCGCGUCGAGUCGCGCCAAGUUGAGCGGAAAACCUCCGCCACCCCCUGCAUUUUCGGCGAAAGCACAAAUCGCUAGGACGAAUCAUGUCACAACCACUGCUGAACAAGAAGGAUGUCGAUCGUUAUCGGAACACGUAGGAGAUGAACAGCAACCCUCGUCUUCACUCCAGCAGACCGCGGACAGAAUCAAUGAGAAAGCCGCACCAGCAACAAGCGGAAAAAGUGCUAUGGAGUUUUCGGAGAAGCAGUUUUUGGCCGCUCUGAAAAAUUCUCCAAUGUUGCAGAAUCUGACGAAAAGUGGUAACGACGAUUGCCUGCUCUGCAACAAAAGUGAUGUGGAGAUGGGUCUGCAUUUCUGCAUGGACUGCGAAAACAAAAUGUACGAGGACAUCAAGGACAACUUUGCGGAGAAAAUGCACCUGAUGAUGAACAAGAGCAACACAUCAAAACGCAAGGCUGAUUAGACGAGCACAUCAACGGUUCUUGUUGAUGCUUGUUUAUGAAGAUUGAUAAAGAAUCGCUACGGUUUCAGUUUCAAGUUUAGUUUCAAACUAGUACACGCUCGCAGUUUCCGCUGCAUUCUGCGUCCCACGAAAAAAUCACGAUCAAUUGCGAAGAAGUCAAGGCCAUUGGCCAAGCUUGUUGGUGA